AACUAUGGCAAGAGGACCCAAGAUCAUAUGACGCUAUGGAACAUCAGGUGUUGGCUUUAGCUUUCUCCGUCAGCUUCUGUCUUGUUCUUUAUGGGAGUAGAGUUCACGGCAGCGUUGAAUGCAUCACAAGGGCGUGUUAUGAAGUAGAUGAUGUCAUCUCUUGCAACAAAUCGCUCAUCCUCGUCUCUGACGUGACCAAUUGGAAGCUGGAGCGAGACCACCGAACCCUCGAAAACAUGAAACGGGCAUGCAUGGGCCGACCCUCCUGUGAUCCUUCUCAAGUUUGCGGGCAGGGAGACAGGCGGUCAUUGGUUGUCCACUACUUCUGUGUCAAUGGCAGUCAUAUCAGGUCCAAGACAUGCAACAGGCAAGUGGAGCUACUGAAGGGCGAGUCUGGGUACAUCCAGAGUCCGGGGUACCCGGGGGUGACGCCCAGCUAUAGGCCCUGUAGAUGGAGGAUCGAACCUCCCAACGGCAGCGUUGUUGUCCUGACACUGCACGACGUGGCCACCAUAGGUGGCAGGGAACAGUGUGACGGUGGGCUGGUUGUAUCAGGGCGUGCCUGUGAUGGUGAGGGACAUGCGUUCGCCCCUCGUUUGUUGUGUGGAAUGGAUCGACUACACAGUCUGAUGCGUUGUGGACAGGUGGAUAUUGAGCUCUCGCCCUCUAAACGCGUGUAUCCGCUACGUUUUUGGCUCUCGUUUCACGUGCAUUCCAAGCAGGAGCCUCACAGCCUGAAGGCCUCGUUAUUACCUUGUUCAGGAUGGCUGUUCUCCAUGGGAGAUGGGAACAAACAAAAGGAAACCAGCUCUAGGCCAAAAGAUACGACAGUUAUGCCCGUCACGACUACGACGGAAGACACAAACAUUCACUUGCUGAUUGUCAUGCUGUCAGUCAUUAGUGGUAUCUCAGCUGUGCUGUUCAUCAUAUUAAUCGUUGUAUGUGUGAGAUGCCGCCUGUUACGAGCUCCUUCUUCUGAGAAUGUGUACAGCGAGCCAAGCCCUGCCCUACAAGCACAUUAUGAGUAUAUCGCCUCCCUCGAGGCAGAAAAUGAUGACAAACCACGGCCACACCUGGCAGAUGGAUACUUUGAAGUGGCUGAUGCACUUCCCAUAAGCCAGAGAGGUGAACAGCCUGCCUCCCCUGCCUAUGCUGAAGUUGAACAAUUUGCUCCCCUCAGAAAAGGACCCUGGUCCAGCCAACGUGAGACAGGCAAUGUUUCAAAAUCUGCCUCAAUUCAAAGUCAUGAGGGUAGUGCUACGCUACCGCGACACAUUGAAGUCAUUGAUGUACGAACACCUCGAAAAGUUAAAAGCACAGAUAAGUCCAAACGACACUAUGCAAAUGUUACCAUUAGUAAUAAUGGCAAACCAUCUUCAUCUACCGAAUACUCAAAUGAAAUUGAGAUUAAAAGGCCUAGACGCGGCAUGCUGGAUCGCUUGAAAGGUGAUAGAAAUAGUAAGCAGUCUGAUAAAGACAGAAAGACUGGUAGUGCUUCACCCCAAGGCUCGCCCAAAUCUCGAUUUAAAAAUUCCAGUGACAGAAAAGGCCCUCGCGUUAAAGACAGUGCACCCCCUCCUCCGCCAGCUGCAGUAGUAGGAGGAGAAGAGGACAGUGUUAUCUACGAGACUUGUGACAGUUCGGCAUAUGAGCCAGUCAACCUGGGGACACCAGCAGCUGGAAAGCUUAACAAGAAAACCACCAGUGCCAUCAAAGGUGCUUCUCAAACUCAAGCAACUACGACAAUGCUCACCAGCAAGGACAAAAAUUCAACUGACUCUGAAAAAGCUCUGGCUUCUGUUAUGGAUGGAAAGGUGAAGACAACAGGCCAGAGCAGAAAUGCAAACCCUGAUGAAUUGGUAGUUAAACAACAUGUGGAUGGGGCAAUCACAGGAAAUCGUUUAACAACACACAAUGCAGGGAAAAGCAACAGCUCUUGUGGUAGUGUGUCUCUGCAAAGAGAUUUACCAAAGACAAAGGGAAUAGUAAAAAAUGGGAUCAAGAAAUUUGAAGGGAAUGAUGCUCUUUCUUAAGUGGUCAACACCCCGUUGUGUUUUUCAAAAUUUUUCCUUGCAGCUCACCCAUUACAUUAUAUGAUAUUUGCAUUUGCUGUAUUCAGCAUUAAUCCACAUUCAUAUUCCCUGCAUCAUUGAUUAUAUAAUUUUCACGUUAUUUUUUUCUAUGCUUUCAUUGAAGGCCUUCACAUGGUAGCAACAAUGACGAUGUGGACAUUACUGUUGCUUUACUUAAUUAGUGCUCUGGUUCUUGUUACUUCAGUAACAUUAUAUUAAUUUAUUAUUAGGCCUAUUAUUACUAUUAUUAUUAUUAUUAUUAUUAUUAUUAUUAUUAUUAUUAUUAUUAUUAUUAUUAUUAUUACAGUAGUCUCCGCCUAUGAUCCCACCUCUUAUAGUCCCGGUCCCGGUUCGCCUAAGAUCUUGCUGUUUUGGAAAAACAAAACUUUUACUAUAUAAUAGUCACCACUAAGAUCCCGCUCUGAAGGAGCUACAUUCGACUAAGGCCCCGCUUUUCAGGUCAUAAUUUGGUUAUUUUUUCCUUUUUUUAAUUAAGAAAAAAAAAAGAAACCUGGGCGCGCUCAGCUCACCAGCCAAGUAGCGAAAAUGUGCGAUCAUUGUACAGUCCGUCUCGUCUCGGAUCAUUCACUCUCAUUAAUGCUAUCACACCUUUGUUGUAAAUCGCGAUAAGCAGUUACAAUGUUUGCCCCAAACGGAUCGCACCAAGGAGUGAACUCAUCGAUGUCUUGCUUUCCCUGAUCACCUGAGCUGUCUGCCUGAUCAUACAUCACACACCAGGUGGGGAGGGCCUACAAGCAAGCGUGAGACAGCAUUCCAUUAAACUGUGAACUCGUGGAUGCUUACGUUUUCCUGACCAUCGCUCUCGUCUUUCAGUUUUGCACUUUAACUUCCUAGAUAGACUGGUGCCCAUACUCGUGGACUGGCCGAUCCCCUCUGCAUAAUGGGGUCAUCUGCUCUCAGUGAACCUGCCUUUCAUUUUUUUUAAAAAUUGGUCGUUGUGGUCACAGCACAACGAUUCAUGAUGCAUCAUGACAUGGGCGGGGAACUUCGUUAGAGGUGGAAAGUAA